UAAAUGCACUAGUAUGAGGGUCUUGGCAAAAAACAAGUUUGAAUAUGAAUUUUGGAAAUUACUCGUGAAUAGUGUCUAUGGGAAAUGUAUGGAGAAUCCGCGUAAAAGAUUGGAUAUAAAGUUGGUAUCAGAUGAUCGAAAAGCUCAUAGGCUAAUGAGAAAACCUAAUUUCAUAGAUAGAACUAUAUAUAGCAAUGAGUUAAUGUCUUUACAUUUUCAAAAAGAAAAGAUUAAAUUUGAUAAACCAAUCUACGUGGGAUUUUCUAUUUUAGAUAUAUCGAAAACCUAUAUUUAUAAUUUCCAUUAUGACGUAAUGAAAAAUAAAUACGGAAAAAAAAUAUCACUAUUAUACACUGAUACCGAUUCAUUAAUAUAUCGUAUUAAAACAAAUAAUUAUUUUAAUGAUUUAAAAUUUGAUUUAUUGAGUCAUUUUGAUACUUCUAAUUUUCCAAUUAGUCACUUUUGUUACAGUGAUAAACAUAAGAACACCCCAGGAUAUUUUAAAGACGAAUUGAAGAGUGAAAUUAUGACGCAAUUUGUAACGCUAAGACCCAAAUUAUAUGCUUAUACAAUAUUUUAUCAAAGUUCAGUAUACAAAAUUCCUCACAUUUGGAUGCACAAAAUGGUGAAUCUAGUCAAAUUAAUGCAUACUGUGAUAUUAACUCAAUACAGGCAACAAAACAUAAUGUUUAUUCCAAAACAACCAGAAAAAUAGUAUUGAGUGCAAAUGACGAUAAACGUGUCAUAUUAAAAGGUGGUAUUUGCACUUUACCAUACGGACAUUAUAAAUUAAACUAAUCAAAAAUAAUUAUGAAUAUGUUUUAUUACAAACGUAUUUUAUAAAUAGUAAAUCAUUUAACUAAUUAGCUAUUCGACAAAUCGUUAUCGAUGAUAAAAUUAAUUAAGGGAGCUAUAGUAACCUAAUCAUGAAGCAAAUUGUUUAAUUUUUAUAUUAUAAUAUAUUAAUGUACAAAAUAUAACAAUAAUCAUUGUUUUUCAAAUUUAAUAUUUCUAAAAGUGUUAUAAUAUUUAAUUCAUUGAACAUUUUAUAAAUUGUAAAAAUGGAAAAUGUAUGUUAUUUAAUUUGGUUACAAACUUUUUGUUAAAACUAUGUAUAUAUUUUAAUAUUCUAACAUUGAUCAUUAACUUUUAUGUAUGAUUCAUUUCUAUUUAUUUUUUAUUAUUAAAUAAUAAUAUACAUAAUUGUAUUGUGAUUGACUUUGGUCGAGAUUCAUUAUGUUAAAUUGUAAGUAAUAUGAUUUAUGAUACUGUAAUUAUUUAAUAAUAAAUUAAAAAAUUGUAAUAUGCCGGUUCUAUGAAGAUGAUGAAGCAAAAUGUAUAUAAUUUUACUUUUUAUUGAUCCUAUUAUAUUAAAUAUAGAAGUCUAUUUAUGUUUAUAUACUUUAGUUAUAUUGAUUUAUUUAAAAUAUGUUAUAAUUGGUAAAUAUUAUUAUACUUUUGUUAAUAUCGUUAUUCUAUAUUGUAAUUGAACAUUGGCCUUGUAAAUAUUAAA